GUGGCAGUGAAGCGCAAUAUAUGGCAUUGGGUUUCUGGGAAAAACAAAGGUCGAAGUAAUAGACACCGACGAGCAAGAGCGUUCCUUCCUGGAUCAAAUAUUGCAGGUGACUUUCCAUGCUGGAAAGAUGAACAAAGCUUUUGAGCCAACACUGGAUGAUGACGCAGCUAAUGACAAUGAUAGCGUCGACGUCACUUCUUGGGUGUCGGUGUGCCCAAGAGGCCUCUAUUUGGUCCAGAAGACAUUGAUAUCUUCAGGAAGCCAGCGGAAAGAUUUUACUGCAGAAAUAGCACGGUCCUCUUACAAGCCAAGGUUGGGUUCACUGUGCCGUGUCCGUGUACGCCUCAGAGCUGUCACUGAUCAAGCUGAAAAAUUGUCAUCUGUGAAAAGUUAUGAGACAAAGCAAGAAGGUCCACUUGGUGUUCCAGGAGCUACCUUUUCACAUCGCCAGCUAGACUCUGUUCUGCAGCUAACGCUAGAUGAUUGGACCACACUGAGAUUAGGGGAGGGUCACUGUGAUGUUACAGAAGCCUGUCUGGAGUCCAUGAAAACAGGAGAUGCAUGUGAGAUACGGCUCAUUCCGGCAAAGGGAGCUGAUGUGUGCGAUUCUCAGCCGGUGCAGGAAAUAUGCGCCAUUGUGGAACUCCAAGGUUUUACGCCAGGAAAGGAAUCCUGGCAGAUGUCACCUGGUGAAAAAUGGGAGUGGGUGAAGUCCCACAAGGAGAGAGGUGGUUUGAGAUUUAGAAGUGGAGACUUGUGGGGAGCGUCAGACAGUUACAGUCGGGCCCUCAAACUCAUCAUCACCCUGCAAGGCUGUGUAGGUGAUAGAAAGGAAAACAAAAUGGAAGAGCAAAAUUCAACAACCUCUGAGGAUCAAGCCUUCUGUCCUACACAUGAUCAAGUACAAAGCAUGAAAGCAGAACUUCACUCUAACUUAUCAUUGUGUCAGCUCAAACUGAAGCAACCGGCACGGGCUCGAGAAAGUGCCACCAAGGCCACACGGUUGGAACCAGGUGGGGCUAAAGCUUGGUACCGCCUUGGCCAAGCCUGUCACAUGGUGAACGAGCUAGAGGAAGCCCGUCAGGCAUUUCGAGAACUCCUGAAACUGCAGCCAGAAUCCUUUGCUGCCGUGAAGGCACUGAAAGACAUAACGAGUCGAGAGAAGGAGUCCAAUGCACAGUUGGGGCAGAGACUUAGUAAAAUGUUUAGCUAGCAUGCAGGGAAGUGUCGAAUAAUGUUUUUUUUCUUUUUCUUUUUUUGCAUGGUUCUCUAUGUUUGAACAGCACCUCUACCCUAUUUUCAUUCAGUGUAAGUAUGAAUCUUACUCUCAUGAGCAUAAUGCUGCUCUAUAGUUAUGGAAAGAAAGUUUAUAAACAUUUUGGACAAAUCUUUCCUUUCACUUUCCUUGACAAGCAACAAAUACUUUGGGAGUCAGUCAGUUAUCCCUCAUUGAAUGCAGCUGACAACAGAGCGCGUGAAGUUGUUUACAUACGCUGGCAGAAUUUGUGAAAAAUUUCCAAUAUUCCAAAUAUGACCGAAUAAUACAAUUCUGUUAUUGUCUUAAGUACUACGUAGUGUUUUGUCUAUCACUUGUGCUUUUCUGAAAUUCCUUAUUCUCUGAUUUGAAAACCAUUUACUGUAAUUAGAACUGUGUUUUAUACCUGUGCAAUUACGCCCCCCCACCCCAUACAUAUCUUAAAAUGUAAAUAAAAUCUGCCAGGGAAUUAAAAUGCCUCAGCACAUAUGACUCUUAUUCUGACCUCCCCCACAACUGGUUAGAAUUCUAAUGUUUGUAUUCACAUAUUUAUAUAUAUUAUAUGUAUAUAUAUAAUUAUAUAACAUAAUUCUGGGAGAAAUUGGGCAUUAUCUGACAGAAUUGCAGGGGUGCCAAUACUUUUGGCCAGCAGUGUACCUGGUUUUAUUUGGACACUUAGAAGGGAUUGAAUUUUUGUUUCAUUAAAAAAAAAAAACGGAAUUACCUCUUGUUGCAUAACCCCCACCCCCCUUACUGUUUUUAUAUAUAAAACACUUUUAAUUCGUUUUUAUUCCUUGGCUUUGAAUAAACAAACUU